UGCUAGUUCCAGAGGAGCAAAAUCAAAAACCUUAUGUUGCUAUUAUCAAGGAUAUUUCUCAGACCAGUAAAGGAAACAUGAUGGUCAAUGGGCAGUGGUUUUAUCGGCCUGAGGAAGCUGAGAAAAAGACAGGUGGAAACUGGCAAUCACGUGAUACAAGGGAGUUAUUCUAUAGUUUUCACCGUGAUGAGGUGCAUGCUGAGUCUGUGAUGCACAAGUGUGUGGUACACUUCAUUCCUUUAAACAAACAGAUCCCAAAGCGCAAACAACAUCCCGGAUUUAUCGUACAAAAAGUGUAUGACACAGAACAGAGGAAGCUUUUCAAGUUAACAGACAAGGACUAUGAAGAUAGUAAGCAACAUGAGAUUGAUCUCCUUGUUCAGAAAACUAUGUCACAGAUUGGCGAUCUUCCGGACAUAGAACCUGAAGACCACCACCCUUCUUUCACAGCCAAUGAAGAUCAGUUGUUGAAGAGUAAACGUCUUUUAAGGAAAAAGAGUAUUCAUCUUCUGGAUGUAUCGAGAGAUGAUGAAGUGCCUAGCAGAUGUGGCCAAUCUCUUAAAACAGAAACACCUGGAAGCUCUGCGUGCAAUGCAUCAGAGUACUUCACAAUCCUUAAAAGCUUCAAUGUCUUGACUGAUGCUGAUCACCGUAACAGGUGGUUGGAGAAGCUCCUUCAAGCGAUUCAGUUUAUGUGCAAUCCCUUGAAUGGUGAUGAUGGUAAUGAAAGAGGUAUUUCUGGUCAUAAUGAUCCUCCUACUAAAACUAGUUCAUCAAAAGGUGUGGAUGAGGACAACAAUUCAAAUGGUGAGAAUAAUUUUCAUUGGCCGGACAGCGCUGUUCCUGCUACAGUUUCUCUUGAGCGAGCUGUACAUGAUGCACUUUCCUCAGAUUUUCAAAAGUACAACCAAAAGAUGCGGCAAUUAGUCUUUAAUAUUAAGAAUAAUGCACACUUAGCCCGGCGUCUCUUAAUUGGGGAGCUAGAUGCAUCACAAGUAUCAAGCAUGACACCAAACGAGUUGAAGG